AUGUCGAAGGAUCUUUCUAGAGAAGGACAAUUAUCUACAAAACAAAUUUGUUCUAGACUUUUGCAAAAUAUAAAUUCUGCUCUUGAAUCUAUGGGUAAAAACAUUGAACAAUUUUAUCUUUCAGAUCUAUCGGUCCCUUCUGAUGAAAUUGAUGAUUGUUGCAAAGAUAUAGAAGAUGAGCACAAUAUAUUAGUGUCUGAGGUUGAUUUGAUGUCUAUAUUGUUGUUAAACACAAAACAACUUACAUAUUCUAAAAUUGUUGAUAUAGUACUUUCCGCAAAUCCUGGAUAUUUCUUUAUUGAUGGACCUGGUGGAACUGGGAAAACCUUUUUGUAUCAAGCAAUCUUGGCUACAAUAAGAACACACAAAUUGAUCACUCUCGCAACUGCAACUUCAAGAGUUGCUAUAUCACUUUUGCCUAAUGGGCGCACUGCGCACUCACGAUUCAAAAUUCCUAUAGAUGUUGAAAGCAAAAUUUGUUGUAAUGUCAGCAAACAGAGUGGCCCGACAAAACUUUUGAAACUUACUACACUUAUAACAUGGGAUGAAGCAUCGAUGGCAAGACGACAAAGUAUUAAAGCACUUGAUGAAUUGUCAAAAGAUGUCAUGGAUAGCAAUCUUCUAUUUGGAGGAAAGGUUGUAGUAUUCGGUGGUGACUUUCGUCAAGUGCUACUUGUUGUGCCAGUGAGCACAAGAAAUGAAUGCAUUAAUUCUAUGCUUGUUAUGUCUUACAUUUGGCAUUCAUUAGAAAAGAUCAAAUUGACUGAAAAUAUGCGGGCUAAGCAUGAUCCAGCGUUUAGUAAUUUUUUUCUUUCUAUAGGAAAUGGUACAGAAUAA